AUGACGACGCGCAGCACCAAAAGCAGUCGAAGCGGCUACGCCCGCGAGGUCAUGACUGAUGGAGAUGUGUAUGUCUUCCUCCUCCAGGUUGCUUACCAUGCUCACCUCUCGCAAGCACGAAGAGAGGCCAAGGCGAAAGCGAGGGAAAGUCUCGCUACAAAUCCCACCGGCUCGCUAUCAGCUGCGACUAGUGCGUCGACGUCAAAGAAGGUCCCCGACGUGGCGUCCAAGAGCGACAGUUGGAUGGGGUUCGCUGGUCUCGCGGAUAUGGUCCGUGACGUCGGCGGCUCCUCCAAAUCCGCUCGUUUCCCCGAAAAGCUCAUAAAGCGCCUCAACGAUCGACUUGAGCUCAUCGCCAUGGGACGCGACACCAACUACAAGGAUCAGAGCUUGCGACAGACCAUCGGCAUCUUCUACGGCACCUUCAAAGAGGCCUCCUUCCAAAAGCAGAUGAAGGAGAAUCGCAAGAUCGAAGAGCUCAUCCUCAUCUUUGUCACCACCGCGCAAGGCAGCUUGAAGAAGCGCUCAACAGGUGACGAGUGGAAGCAGGACCUCAACAACCAGGUCGGCCACUUUGUCAACAUCAUACGCGAGUGUCUCAAGACCGUCAGUGGUGUACCCAGAGAACUAACAGAACGUCUCGAAGGCUACUCGGCAAAGCUUGCACCCACCGCCGCUUUGGCGUCCGCAUCCGCGUCGACCUCUGCAGCCGUCUCGUCGGGCUCGAAUGGGUACGCUGCUGUAAAGGAGCACAAGAACCCUGCAUCUGCCAGCGCCAGCCGCCGCACCAGCUCCGCCAGCACUCUACCGACGCUUUCCGUAAAUCCACUCGCAGAUUUCAGUUUGGUCCGCACUGUUGGCGCCCUCUUCUCUGUCGACCUCAGCCAACUCAGCCAGGAUGUCGAAUUCGUGAAAAAGGCGUGCACAGAGCAGGCCGCCAUGGCGGAUCUCAAACGCUGUGUCAAGAAUGUCAACCUCCAGCAACCCUGGCCAGGGCGCAAGGAAGAUUUUGCAUCCGAAGAGGCUUAUCAGCAAUGGAGGUCACAAGAGCUUUCGUCCCUGUCGCAGAUCAUGAUGGAGAUGUGCCAGAACAACCCGGAGCUGUUGAAGAGCACCUCCAAUGACGUGCCUGGCCUCUCUCCAACGCGCCCAACCGCUACUAGGCCCGACUCAUAUAGCGGCAGUGCUGCAGCAAGCAGCACGCCUUCCACCGAGAAUGCUUCAGAAACAGCCACGCCAGACGCAGAGUUCGCGGGCCUCUCUAUCGACUCGCCUGAUGACGACGCCUUUGCGUCUUUCGUCUACAUCCCUCCGGAUCCUCGUGCCUACUAUCACAGAGCGCUCGAAAUCUGCAUCGACUACGAUCUGGAAAUGAUUAAGCAUCAGCCAGAAGAGGAGGAGGUGUCGCUCAGCAUCCUUUCCAAAAGCCACGUGGAGUUGCUCGCCGAGUGCGCUCUGCGAUGGCGUCUCACCGCGCCCUUCCUGGGUGUAUCCAACUUGGAAGUCAUCAAAUCCAAGUACGACAACGGCGAAGUGCCGCUCGAUUGCGUCUCUGAGUCGCUCGGCUCUGUCACGCGCAUCCUGUCUGAGGUCGACUUCGCCAACUGGAUGCAAUCGGAACAGGCAAAGCUCGUCAGGCUCUACACCGCCCUGUUCGAGUCGUUCCUUCGCUAUCUCUACGAAACUUUCCAGGAUAUUCACAGCGUCGAGGCCGAAGAGAUCCAACCGUACUUGAUUAUGAUUCAGGAUCUUCACGCCACCGGCUUUGUUCGGAAGAACAGACGCCUCGAGGCGGAGACCGUCGCUCUCGAGUCGCAUGUCGAGGAGCUCAAAGACGCGGUGCGCAUCAUGGCCAUCCACGAGUAUACCGCCAAGACCACCGAACUCUUCUCGCAAGUUGUGGUCAAUGAGGUGGUGCCAUUGGUACAGCUGCUCGACUGGCUAGAGAAAGGCGCCAAGCGACUCGACAAGCGGUAUCCAGAGCCUCUGCUGGGCUCGGUAGACCCUGUUUCGCUGCUUCUUGAAAAGCAGGUGCCUCUCUUUCUGGAUGACCUCGAAUCGAUGAAGCAACAAGUCGUCGACCAUGCCACGCGCGAGCACGAUCCGCUCGCAUUCGACGACAUCUUUACCCUCUACAACCGUGUCAAGGCGCUGCUACGCAUGUACGUUGCCUUUUGUCCGGACGCCGACGUGAGCUUCAGCCUCACCGACUGGUUCGAACCUCACAUCCGCCAUUGGCUCAUCAACUCGGAGAAGAAGACGGCCGAGUGGGUGCACAAUGCCAUCGCUAACGACGCCUUCACGCCCAUUGAAAGCGAGGGAGCUGUCCACAGCAGCAGCAUCGACGACCUCUUCGGAGCGCUGCAACAGCCAGUAGACUUUAUCCUUGGUCUCAAGUGGCCUGAUACCUACCAGAAUGCACGAUUCUUGACGACUCUCUCGAAGAUCGUCAGUCGAGCAGUCGAGCAGUAUUGCAGUCGCGUGGAAGAGAUGUUCAUGGAGGAAAUGUACCCGCGCACAGCUGAGGAUCAGGACAUGGCACAGAAACAAUCCGCGUGGAUGGUCAAGGCGAAGCAGACACUUUCGGGAGAGAAGCGCGUCGAGCCUUUUCACUUCCAAGCUACCUCGUGCGUCCGUCUCAACAAUAUCGAGGCGGCGCGCGUGCUGCUCGACAAGCUCUAUCAGAAGAUCGAUGCGGACAAGCAAGCAGAGAUCGUCAAGAGGCAUGGGCCCGAAGUGCCUGCCAAACGUAGCAACAAUCGCUUUGUGUUCUCCAUCAAGAUUGUGCUUGGCGAGAAUCUGCAGCCGAUCCGCGACACUGGCGCGAAUGCUCGCAUCGACUCGUUCGUCACGCUCAGCGACGAACGAGGUCAGAAGAUCGCCAAGACGCGCACGAUCUACGAGACGUCCGAGCCGCGCUGGGACGAGGUGUUUGAUGUGCACGUCGAACAGCCCAUGUGGCUGGCUGCGACAGUGUGGGACCGCAAGCUGGUCGGAGACCACAAUCUGUGUGGAAGGGCCUACCUGCGUCUGGAUCCGAGAUACUUUGGUGAUUUCCUCUCGCAUGAGUUGUGGAUGGAUCUGGAUACACAAGGCCGACUCCUGAUGCGUGUCAGCAUGGAGGGCGAACGCGAUGACAUACUUUACCAUUUUGGCCGUGGAUUCCGCUCGCUCAAGCGAGCCGAAAGCGACAUGGUGCGUAUCAUUGUCGACAAGAUGUCGGUGUUCAUCAGGCAAUGUCUCUCGCGAUCCCUUUUGAAAACGCUGGUCAAGACGAGCGGUAUCAAUCUCGACAAGGCGAUUGGCAAUGUCAAGGCUCUCUACGCCUCGGCUCUGGCUAGUACCAAUGUCAACGCGUCGAUGAUCCCGCCCGUAGAGCCCGAGAUCAAGCCUAAGAACCGACCGGCGCAGCUGACAGAUCACGAGAUCGAAGCGGCCAUCAUCCCGCUGCUCGACUAUCUCGACGAGUGUCUCGCUACGCUCAAGGGCAGCUUGUCCGAGAGCGAAGCGCUGCUGGUACUGACCAAGGUAUGGAAGGAGGUGCUCAACAUCAUCGAGUCCAUCCUCGUACCACCGCUGUCGGACUCGCCUUCCAACAUGAAUCAGCUCUCGGACAAAGAAGUGGACAUCGUGUUCAAAUGGCUCGGCUUCCUCAAGAACUACUUCAAUGCCUACGACGCUGAAACAGGCGUCACGCAUGGAGUGCCGCUCGAUGUGCUGCAAGGUGCCAAGUACCGCGAGAUCUUGUCCUAUUUGCUGCUGCACGACCAGUCGACGGAUGAGCUGAUGAUGGAGUGCGUACGCGGGAUGCAGGCCAAGAUGCGACGGGCAGGCACACAGCGACGGGCGAAAGACAAGUCGGUGCUCAACCAGCGCUCGUUGGGGACGAUCAAAAAACGAAAGCAAGAGAAGAAGGAGGACGACUCCGAGGCGGCGGCGAACGGGUCGUUGGAUAUGGCGAUGAAGCUGUUGCGCAUGCGGCCGGGCACGGGCGAUUUCCUGCAGCAGCAGAUGGCGACGAUGCAUACGCUUCAGUUGGCUGCGGUGGGCGGUGCGAGUCCGGCGAGGAGCUCCGCGCCUGGCACGCCAGGCAGUGCGGGUGCGAGACACGGUAUCGCGAAGAGGGAGAGCGGGUUACCGCCUAUGCCGCAAGCGGGUCUGGCCGGACCUGCACACAUCGCCCCCAAACAGCAGGGAUAUCAGCUGCGUGAUGACCCGAUGCCAGCAAGCUCCAUCCCGCCGGUCGGGCCGAGAUCACCAACGGCUCGACCAGGAGCAGAAGGACAGAGGAACUCGCUGUACGGCGCUCACCUGGCUCACCAACCAGAUACGCCAACACGACGAAGCUCGAGGCAGUUGGCGGGCAAGAGCGCGUAUACGGAUCUAAAGGGUGGCAGAUCGCCGGGCGGGCAGGAUUCAGUGUACAGUCGCAUUUCGAGGCAGUUGUAG